GCGACCCUCGAUCUCCGGAAAGAAGCAGAUGAUAUGGCAGCUUCGAGAGCGACCAGGUGGAACUUGCUUUGUUAACACGACUAAAACAUUGAUUAUGAACAUACUUUGACGCAGAGAGGGUGACAAGACAUCCGCUCAAAAUGAUUUACUUAAUCCUAAUUUCUGCAUUCUCCGGAGCAGUGUUAACGUUGAUUUUACAGUUCUUGUUGAUCUACCGGAGGAGCCCGGAGCCCAUAGAGAGGACAGAGCAGUACGCCAAAGUAGUGCCUGAUAACGCUUUGAAGGAUUACUUUAAUACCCAGCAUGUCGAUCCAGGCCAGCUGCAGCAGCAGGACAGCACAACCUUUAGUGGUUCCAAGCAGCAAGAGGCCGCUACAACCAGACAGCAGGAAGCCACGACUGUAACCGGCGGCAGCCCCAAACAACAACAAUCGCCGCCUGCGCACAGCGACUCCGUUGAUGCGGACAAGCCCGAAAGCUGUCAUUUCCUCAAUGCAAUCUUUUUGUUCCUGUUCAGGGAGCUGCGGGACACUCCUGUCGUCAGGCACUGGCUUACUAAAAAGAUCAAGGUAGAGUUUGAGGAACUGCUACAAACGAAGACAGCGGGUCGGCUGCUGGAAGGACUCAGCCUGCGAGAUAUUUCUUUGGGUAAUUCUCUUCCGGUCUUUAAGACGGCCAAACUUAUGAAGCCGGUGCAUCUGAACGAGGACGGCAUGCCGGAGGAACUCAAUUUUGAGGUGGACAUAGAAUACAAUGGCGGCUUCCACCUUGCCAUUGACGUGGAGCUGGUGUUUUGGAAGUCUGCAUACCUGUUCGUUAAGAUGAGGCGCGUCGUGGGCAAACUGAGGCUGCAGUUCACCCGAGUGCCCUUCACUCAUUGGUCCUUCUCCUUCCUCGAGGACCCACUCGUGGACUUUGAGGUCAAGUCCCAGUUUGAAGGCAGACCUCUUCCUCAGCUCACCUCUAUCAUCGUCAACCAACUCAAACGAGUCAUCAAAAAGAAACACACACUACCCAACUACAAAAUCAGAUACAAACCUUUCUUCCCGUUUCAAGUGCAGCCACCCCUGGGAUCGACCUCUGAUCUAGAAUUGUCAGUCCAGGAAAGCAGACUCGUGGAAGGCCGGCUCAAAGUCACUCUUAUUGACUGCAGCAGACUUUUCAUCCUGGGCUCAUAUGACAGAGAAACCUACGUUCACUGCACUAUAGAGCUAAGCAGUCACCAGUGGAAGGAGAAAACGCGUAGCUCGAUCAAACGAACUGAGGUUAUCAAGGGGCAGUGUGGCAGCGUGGGAAUGACGUUCAGGCAUGUGCCUGCCAGUGAAGGGGAUGCAGUCCACGUUAGCAUCGAGACGGUGACACCGAACUCCCCCGCAGCCUUAGCAGACCUUCAGCGAGGCGAUCGCCUCAUCGCAAUCGGAGGUGUCAAAGUGACAUCGUCAGUUCAAGUGCCCAAACUUCUGAAGCAGGCUGGAGACAGGGUAGUGGUACUGUAUGAGAGGCCGGUCCGCCACCAGACUCCGUCCCUCGGAAGCUUGGGAACUCUUCAGGAGGGAUUUGGGCAAAUGGAAGAGCCGGGUUUCAUAUCCCAACCAGGCGGAUACGAAGAAGACCCGGCCCCCAUCACCACUCUGUCUGACAUAGCUGACAGUAAAGACAUGGACUCUGAAUUUGAAGAGUUAAUUGUGGACUCCAAACCCAGCCAGAAUGUUGGCCCCAUCAGCUCCAGUGAUACUAAAGAUGAUUUCUUACUCACAGUAAGCCAAAGCCCCAAAAAAACUGUGGCCAACUUGGCUUCUAAACCUAUCGGGAGUAUAUCCCCCAUCCUCAACCGUAAGCUAAACCUAGUGGGGCUUCAGUCACCGUUAAAGCCCCAACCUAAAGAAUCGCCAAAGUCCUCACGACAAAAGGCAAACAAUGAUUCAGGAGAUAGUUUGCAACGUCCCGCUAUACCACCUCCACCACCACCAUCUUGUCCCCCAGUGCCACCAAGACCUCAAAUACGAUUGUCAUCUGCAAGCUCAGAAACUAUUUUCACUGAAACUGUUGAUUCUGCCGCAAACACAACUCCCACCACUUGUACUGUGACGACUACAAUCAGCGCUUCUGAAAAAUCUCCUGAAAAAGCUCCCCUGACUGGAACAAAUGAUGAUAUGGCUGGCACUGACAAGAGCGGUGUCAAACCCACUGAGGGAAAGUCUACCAGGCCAUCAGAGUCCAGUGAUGAUGUUUCAAUCUCAUCAUUUCCUGGUAACAAGGGUGACCAAGCAAAAGACAAAGUUUCAGAGAGUUCUUGCAGCACACGGGAUAGUCUAGAAGAACACUCUUUCUGGGAGUCUCCGGAAUCUAUGUUUCGUAACCAGACAACGCGCUGGCCUAAGGCCUCUGUUGUAUUUGAAGUGGAAAGCAACCAUAAGUACCUUAAUGUGGCUCUUUGGUGUAAAGAUCCCUUUAAGCUGGGCAGUUUGUUGUGUCUGGGUCAUGUCAGUCUCCAGCUGGAGCAUGUAGCCCUUGAAUGUUUGGCAACAUCUUCAGCAGAGUAUCAGAGCACAUUUAGACUUGGACCUCCAGAACCUAGAGCUAACGUCAGUCGCACUGCACUACGCAGCCUCAGCACUCACAAAGGCUUCAAUGAGAAGUUGUGUUACGGAGAUGUUACUUUGAAUUUUUGUUACCUAACAGGGGAUGAAUUAGACUACCCCGGACAGACAGAGAGAGAGCGUGAGGGAAGUCUCCAUGAUGAAGAUAUAAGGGAGCGGGAGAGGGAAAACAUCUCCGCAGCCCCUCGAGAUGACUUGGCCUAUGGUUCCAUGCAGCUUGUUGAGGUUCGCCACAACUUCCAGGACACUCAGUUCCAAAACCCUACCUGGUGCGAAUAUUGCAAAAAGAAGGUUUGGACCAAGGCGGCCUCACAGUGUAUGAUCUGCGCCUAUGUUUGCCACAAGAAAUGCCAGGAAAAAUGCCUUGCAGAAAAUCCUCUCUGUGUGGCGGCAACAGAACGCCGAGGAGCUGACCCUGAGGCCAAAUCCACCAUCAAUCGCGCCACCACUGGCUUAACUCGCCAUAUUAUCAACACUAGCUCCCGCCUUCUCAACCUACGCCAGGCCCCUAAGACGCGUCUGGUUGAACAGGUGGUAGAUGCUGUGCCCGGAGCUGUGGAUCCUUCCCCUAAACAUACUCCAAACACCUCGGACAACGAAAGCAGCGACACAGAGACCUACACGAGUGGCGCUAGCCCCUCGAAACAACCUUCCGGCAGUGGGGGAAGCAGCAAACUUGUCCGCAAGGAGGGUGGUUUGGACGAUAGUGUGUUCAUUGCCGUGAAAGAGAUAGGCCGUGACCUUUACCGAGGUUUGCCCACAGACGAGCGUUCCCAAAAACUGGAGCUGAUGUUGGACAAGCUGCAGCAAGAAAUCGAUCAAGAGUUGGAGCACAACAACGCUCUAUUAAUAGAGGAGAGGGAGACCAGUGAUCCCAGGCGUAAAGUCCUCAUCGCUUCGGCGCUAUCCAAGUCUGGGGAAAGACUCCAGGCACUCACUCUGCUCAUGAUUCACUAUCGUGCAGGAAUUGAGGACUUGGAGUCAGUAGAGAGCACAUCCCCUUCGGAGCAACAGUGCUUUAAGGGAAAAGGAGAUAGCUUAGAGGAAGAGGCCCUAAUGGGAGCAGAGGUCUAUGACAGUGACAUUUGCAGCCCGGUGGAACUGCAACUGUUGGAUGACAUUACAGAGGAGCAGAUCUGUGUGGAGGCGCUCCACUAAAUAAGACUUGAAAGGAGAAAGUGAAGGAACAUUUUGAACUUGUGUCCCCUUUUUUUUGUGGGGAAGGGUUGGAAGGGGUUAGACCUGGAGAUUUUUUGAAAGGGGGAUACCGUCCAUUUUUUCCCCCCACCUCUCACAAAAUACAUAAAGAAAUUUUAUGCACCUGUUAAUGAAUUCAUUCUGCACUGUGUCCAUGCUUUAGGUUUUAAAGGGAAAUGGAACACUAGUGUUGCUGGUACAUUGUUGAAUCAGGUUAUUUUUCUGAGGAUUCAAAAUGUCUUUGUAAACGUUAGCCCCGCUCAAUGAUGUUUUCAUUCGAUGCAAUUUUUUUUUGUGCAAGGAAAAUAAGUUGUUCAACAGUGGUUUACUGUUAAGGUCAAAUUUUCUUGAGCUGAGCACUGCAGUCGAGGCCUCUGACCUUUUUUUUCUGUUUUGAAGCACUUUUAAAUGCAGACCUUUGUAGAGAUGAUUUUUUUUGUUGAUUUCAGCAGCUGCAAAAUGAUUGUAUUGGAUAUUGUUUUGAUUUUAGUUGUAUGACCUCAGCCGUAAAACGUGUUGUUUUUGAUUGAUUUAAAAGUGACAUUGUCCCCUUGUUGAUGGUUUUAAAUAAAUUCUUUGGGUGUUUAUUUCAUCAACGUUACAUGAGAAACUGAUUUAUCAUUGUUUUGUUUUGAUUAAUUUUUUUCUUUUCAUCUACUUUGCAAUUAAAGUGUGAGAAGACGAUAACACUGGAGAACACAAUUGCUGUUGUUUUAUAGGUCUGACAGCUUUUUGUAAUGCGUGUGAAAUCCAAAACCAGAGUCAGUUUUUCUGUAUCACACCAAAUUUUUAAAGUAUGAGAUUCCCGCUUUCUUAAAAAGAAAAUCAUAAAACACUGUUCUUAACGUAUCUGCUUAUUUUAUACACUAUUUCAAAUAUAAACGUACAUUAAAUAUGAAACGGGUACAACUGCAAUGCUUAUUUAACACUUUUGUGCAUCUAAACCACAUAGUAAGUAGGUAAACUAUGUAGAAAAAGAAACUCGACGACGUUAAGAAAAACUGAGAUCAAUUUUGGAUUUUGCACCCAAAAAUGAGUUCCAAUCAGCUUUCACACCGAAAACCUGAAUUUUCCCCCCUAAACUGUUUCCUAGUGUUUUAGUAAACAAUUUUCUGUGUGAUAUCAUACAUGCCAUCUGCCUUCACGUGUGAUGGGAAUGCCCAUAUGUGUGUCCUAUUUUUUUUCUUUUUUUCUCUACCUAAUCCAUCGUUUGAAGUCUUUGACAUUGUCUUUCAGUCCUAACAAGCCACGUAAUCCCUAUCUGCUUUUGUCCUAUAUCUUGAAUACUCCUGAAGAGCAACUGGAGGUAUUUAUUUCUAAUUUAAUGACAAUUAUUUCUGUUGUUAUUGCCACUUCAAUUAUGUUAUCUACAAAUACAUUUUGAUCCCACUAUUAGAUUGCCAGAAAUGUAUCUGGUAUCUGUUGGUUAUCAUUGGAAUGAUAAUAAAAUUGAAAAAUUGUCGCUAAAAAUGAACACAAUGCAAGGCAUUGCACAAUACAGGAAGUCCUCGGGUUACGAUGUCCUCGACCUACGUCGUUUCGACUUUACGACGCUUGAGCCUCGUCUGUCAUUCAAUCCCCAGCGCUGUAGUUUCUGUUUAGCUAGUGCAUAGUGCUGUUUUUGUGCACAGGUUGUAAAAUUGCCUUUUUUGCUCUCCUUUUUUCACACAUUAUUGCCCCAAAGAAGAAAGCUGGGUCUUCUAAAAGAAAAAAAAAAAAUAUGGUGAAAGGGGAGAGCGACUAGCAUUGGUAAAGACUUACGUUGCAUUUUAGACAUUCUAAAAGCAGUUUUGUGUUAAAACAUACCUUACGUCAGGGGCGGAGCUUUGGGGAUUGGUGGCGGCACCCUGGCCCAAGAUUUAGGGGGUCUAGUUUGCCGGCGUAAAGGGGGGUGGUUGGCCGAAGGGAGGGUCAGACAAAAAGGAAUAUGUGCAGAGCUGUAAUAUAGUGUGUAAAUGUUAAAAUAUAACCCCCGCUCUCCAGCCACAGCCGGGGCCCUCAGGGGCCUAGUUUGCUCGGCGUGGUUGGGCGAGGGGAAGGUCAAACAGAAUGGUAAAAUAUCUCAAAUCCCCCCGCUCGACUGGUUGUCUGGAGGGCCCUGCUAAAAAUGUUCCACUAGCAUUGCCUCCGCCCCACACAUCGACGAUCACCUUGAAGGGCCCGCGAAAGUGUAGACAGGUCUGCAAAAAAAAACAUCUACUAAGACCCCCACACGACGGAGGGUCACCUCAGAGAGGCCCGUUUCUACUUAUCAAACCAGGGCCCUAUCCACAUUUGUUCCGCCACUGCCUCACAUUGGCAACAGUCGAAGUCCGCGAAACAUUCGGUUCACGGAACGUAAAAAUAAGGACAGUAAUUUAAGGAAUCUGGUUGCAUGUAUGCGUCAGGAUGCAAUGUUGAUGUGUUGAGUUUUCUGUGUCCCUAAACGCACCCCGUGUCUGUCUGGAGUGAGAGAGUGAGGGAGAAAGCUGUUCACAAUAGUCGUGUUCUGUGCUUUUGGUUGCAAAUAAACCACUGAAAACCCCAACUCUUCAUUCACCUCUCAGCAGUAAGGGUAAGUAGAGCAUCUCUUUUGUUUCUAUUUCAAUGUUUUCAAUUUUUUUAGACAAAAUAUUUUGACGUAAAUUUUUGACUUGAAUGGUGAAAUCCGACUUGCGCGGAAAUUCCGUUUUCAUCACUAGUAUAGGAACAGAACUCAUUCGUAACUCGAGGACUCCCUUUAAUAGAAAAGCUACACUAAUCGGCACCAGAAAUGUUGGUAAUGAAACCGGUAUAAAUAUUCCAAAUGCUGCAAAAUUAAGUCAUUUUAUUUGAUAGGAUGUAUUAUUUGAUCAAGUGCUCCCUAAUUUAAAUAACUGCUGUGCUCAAUCUCUGUCAAGUUUAGUUUAACUCAUAAAGACCAUUGAUCUGGCCUACAGGACACCUAAAUAAACAGAUAUAUUCUUUCCAGCCUUUACCAUCUUCAGUAGUAAUCAUUUAUGUUGGAUUAUUUCUCCCAAAAAAAUAAUCCAAUAAUUAAAAACCAAGAAAGCAAAAAAAUACCCCAUUAAUUCCACAACACAGCGUGAUUAAUGGUGCACAGACAAUCAACAUGAGAUGAUCACAUUCACAUAUCAGCAAUACAUAUCAAGACUGAAGUAUGAUUGCGAUAAUCAAUUAGUCUUUUGGAUUUUAGUUAUUGUCCCAAAAUAAUUCUACGCCUAGAAAAAUUAUGUGACAUAUUCACCCCGCCAACUGCCCAUAUAUAGCUUGGAUAGGCUCCAGCACCCCCGUGAUGUUUAUGAGGAUAUACGGUUUGGAGGAUGAAUGAAUGAAAAAUUAUGUGAUGUUAAAAUGAUUUUAUUCAAAAUUCUGCCAUAACUUCAAAUAUAACUGCAAAUUCUUAUCAGGCGGCGUUCAAGAUAAAUUAAGUGGGAUGGAGCACUUUUAACACAAUGAGCAAAUGUCCCUUCGUAUUAGAACCUGUAAAAUUCUGAGGUCCCGGUCUACCAAAACCUAGUUUUGGGUUUUUAGGUUCUAGGGACAUAAUAUAAAUGGGGGCAGGGGGUUGAGCAUAGUCUCAUGAUAUCGCAAGAAUGAAAAGCGUAAAUGUAAACGUCUCAUUUUUUUGGGAAAAUCUAUGUCUAAAUUGUCUAUCUCACACUAAAACUUGACAUCGCCAAAAGCCUUUGUAGUAAUUUAGAUAUACCGUAUUUUUCGCACUACAAGUCAAACCUGAUUAUAAGUCGCACCAGCCAUAAAAUGCCCAACGAAGAGGAAAAAAACAUAUAUAAGUCGCACCGGAGUAUAAAUUGCAUUUUUUGGGGAAAUUUACUUGAUAAAAUCCAACACAUAGAACAGAUAUGUCAUCUUGAAAGGCAAUUUAAAAUAAAAAUACAAUAGAGAAUAAAAUGCUGAACGAGUGUAAAGUAUGAUAAUGUUGCAUGCUGCAUGAACAACAAAAUGCAAACGUGGCCGGUAUGUUAUCGUAACAUAGCUAUUAAGAGUUAUUCAGAUAACUAUAGCAUCAAGAACAUGCUAACAAGUUGUCACUCAAAAUUACCAAAAUAACAUGUGAAAUGAUAUAAUAAUGUGUUAAUAAUUUCACAUAUAAGUCGUUCCAGAGUAUGUCGCACCCCUGGCCAAACUAUGAAAAAAAACUGUGACUUAUAGUCUGAAAAAUAUGGUAUUUCAUUCCCAUAGUAUAUAUUUAAAUAGUAUAUAACUGUACAACUGUAGUGUAUUUUUCCCCUUUUCAGUGUUUUCCUAUAAACCUCCGUAAAAGUGGGAAAAAACACUGCCUGUAUUGCUACCAAAUUGAAUAGGAUUGACCACAUUUUUUAUUUCUCACUUGAACUUUGUCACACUUUGGUAGGUGUUUGUGUAUGUUGGCUGAAUGACCUCGAUACAUGUCACAGUUUGUCACUGUACAGAUUUUGUGCAAUAUUCUUAUGUUGGAUUUGAAACAGAGGAUUAAGAAUGAAUGUCUAUAUUAUUUCCAUUUUGUUUUUCAAUGUUUACCCUGCGUACUUCUCCAUUAAAGUGUGCGCCCAGAACUUGGAGAGGUGAUCUUCACAUUGUAAAACUCCCCUCUAAUCCUGCCAAACUUUGCUUUUGCCUCCGCUGCUGCUGUUACAAUGUGAUCGACCACAGUACUGUUUCUCACUUGCUUGUGUGCCCAUCACAGCUUUUCAGCAGGUGAAGAUGUGUUUGGUCUUCAAAUGAUUGGGAUUUUGUGCAGUUUUUCUGAAGGUUCAUCUAAUGAAGCUUUAUUGUACUUAACCUAAAUAAACAAGUUAAAUUGAUUGAUUGUGGCUUGUGGUUGAUCUCCGGCAUAAGAAUUAAGCUCAAACCCACAAAGCAACAACCUAUUAUUUCAGUGAACGUUACUUGAAACAAAUGGAGGGACAAUGCCAACUUUUGCGUCAGGCGUACAUGGAUGUAUAAAAUGUCUGUACUUGUAACUUGUUUGAAGGGACACUUGUUUAAGUGACUGGACAUAUGUAUUUUAAUUGAUAAGAAAUGGGAUAUAGAUAUAUCACGUGAAUGUGAGUGGACUGACAAAGGGUAUAGCUUAGGCACAAAGGUGUGUAGUAAGGCGUUACAUUUAUUCUGUUAUGUUUACUUUGUUUUGAGAAAAAUGUACUUCUAAGAGUAGUUUUACCAUGCUUUACUUGUUCAUUUUCACCAAUGAGACAGAGCAACAAUAAUCACAUGACUCCAUUAUACCAAUCACACGUAACAAUACAGUCACAUGAAUACACACAAGUUUGCAGUCGGCAGUCCUACCAUAAUACAGUAG